CAGGGCUCUCCAGUGGUGGUUUGAUUAAACAAUCGGUCCAGACCGUGUGGGCGGUGCUUACAAGAAGCAGACCAUCUCGGCGUUCGCAUGGUGAAUGUGCGCUGCCAGAAUCCACUCGAUCCAGUGUUUCCCUGCGGCAUUAUAACGUUGCCGUUCGCCUUACCACUCGACCCACAUUUGCCACGGUGACGUGGACAACACAACCGCCAAAGAUGGCUCAUUUAACGGCGAACCCCGCCGACAAGGAGAGGUUCAUCUGUGUUUAUCCGGUCUACAUAAACAGCAAGAAAACCCUCGCUGAAGGACGAAGGAUCCCUGCUGAGAAGGCCGUGGAGAACCCUUCCUGCGGGGAGAUCCGUGAUGUUCUGACGGCCGCCGGCAUGAACGUCUACGUGGAGAACAAAAUGCACCCCAGAGAGUGGAACCGGGACGUGCAGUUCAGGGGUCGGGUCAGAGUUCAGUUGAAGCAGGAGGACGGCAGCUUGUGUGUGAAUAAGUUCACCUCCCGGAAAGACGUCAUGUUCUACGUGGCCGAAAUGAUCCCCAAACUAAAGACUCGCACCCAGAAGAGCGGCGCGGGGGAAAGCAGCUCUCAGCAGAGCGACGGAGGCAAGAAGACCAAGAAGAAGAAAAAAUAAGCUCUUGCCAUCAUUGUUUUGUUUUUUGUUUAUUUUUUCUUUUAAAUACUCUCAAUGCUAA